AUGGCGUCUGAGUUCCAGGGAGAGGCUGCAGAGGGUCAAGGCUACCCGAAGUCCUCCUUUGCCUCCUCCGUCACAUUUCUGGGGUCGAAGUUCUUUUCUGUUCUCGCCCCGCGUCUGCUGCGUUCUCAGCCUGCCCUCUUGCUUCCACAGGGUCCCAAAGGCAACAGAGGCGACUCGGUCGAUCAAUGCGCCCUGGUUCAAAGUAUCAAAGACAAGUGUCCUUGUUGUUACGGGCCCCUGGAGUGCCCCGUCUUCCCGACGGAGUUAGCCUUUGCUUUAGACACCUCGGACGGGGUGACCCAGGACGUGUUCAGCCGGAUGAGAGAUGUGGUCCUCAAGAUCGUGGGGGACCUGACCAUCGCUGAGAGCAACUGCCCGCGGGGCGCCCGAGUGGCCGUGGUCACCUAUAACAAUGAGGUGACCACGGAGAUCCGCUUUGCGGACUCCAGGAAGAAGCCUGCCCUCUUAGACAGGAUUAAGAACCUCCCGUACUCGCUGACGUCCAAGCAGCAGAGUCUGGAAACUGCCAUGUCAUUCGUGGCCAGGAACACAUUUAAGCGAGUGAGGAAUGGGUUCCUGAUGAGGAAAGUGGCCAUUUUCUUCAGCAACAGACCCACGAGGUCUCUGCCGCAGCUCCGAGAGGCCGUGCUCAAGCUCUCAGACGCGGGGAUCACGCCCUUGUUCCUGACGAGCCAGGAGGACCGUCAGCUCAUCAAUGCCUUGCAGGUCUGGGUUCUGCGUCGCAUUGGGCCUGCCUCUUCUUGGGUCCAAGAAGGUUCUCAGCACACCCAUGCCCUGGGCCGCCUUGUGCCCCUUAGCUCCAGAUAGCCCGAAUGAACCUGA